UGAGACGAAUUAUAAGGAUCCGUGUAGUCCUUCACCUUGCGGACCCAACAGUCAAUGUCGCGUAGUAAACGGCCAAGGUGUAUGCUCCUGUCUGCCGGAAUUCACGGGAGCGCCUCCUAUGUGUCGCCCUGAGUGUACUUUAAACUCUGAAUGUCCUCAAGAUCGUGCAUGCGUUAACCAAAAAUGCGUGAACCCUUGUCCUGCUUCGUGUGGCAGUUUCGCAUCUUGCGUGAUCAGGAACCACAGUCCAAUAUGUGCUUGUAGGCCAUUAUAUACUGGAGAUCCUUUCACAAGAUGUUUUCCCGUGCCACAAUCCUCACCACCUACAGCAGUUGAAACUUCACAACCUUGUUUACCUUCUCCUUGUGGCCCAAAUUCAGAAUGUCGUGUGGUCGGUGGAGGCCCAUCUUGUCAGUGUCGACCAAAUUUCGUUGGAAGUCCACCAAAUUGUCGGCCAGAAUGUACAGUGAAUUCUGACUGUUCUCCUAGUCAAGCCUGCGUGAGGGAAAAGUGCACAGACCCCUGCCCAGGUUCUUGCGGCUCGAAUGCUCAAUGUAUGGUACUCAGUCACGUGCCUAUAUGUUCCUGCUUUGAAGGAUAUACGGGUGAUCCUUUUAAUGGUUGCAACCUAACUCCCGUUAGUCCAACAGGACCAACUGUUGUUGAUCUAUGUGCAUUAUUGCCUUGUGGCGCUAACGCACGUUGCAAUGAUGGAAUCUGCACUUGUCUACCAGAGUAUCAGGGUGACCCUUAUGUUGGUUGUCGACCAGAAUGCGUACUAAAUGGGGAUUGCCCUCAAAAUAAGGCUUGUCUGAGAAACAAGUGUGUUGAUCCUUGCCCUGGUACAUGUGGUGUAAAUGCACAGUGUCAAACAUACAAUCAUGUGCCCAUGUGCAGCUGCCCAAGUGGAAUGGUGGGAAACGCCUUCGUUCAAUGCAAUGUUGUACAAGAAACCGGAAAGGAAAACCCUUGCUCUCCUUCGCCUUGUGGACCUAACAGUGUCUGUCGAGAGAUCAAUGAACAAGCAGUCUGUUCGUGUGUAGCAGGAUAUUUAGGUUCUCCACCUACCUGUAGACCAGAAUGUACAGUCAGUUCCGAUUGUCCUCUAACAGAAGCGUGUAACAAUCAAAAAUGUGUAAACCCCUGUCCUGGUACAUGUGGAUUUAGAGCAACCUGCAAUGUUGUCAAUCACAAUCCUGUAUGUAGCUGUCCAGCUGAUCUCACUGGCGAUCCAUUUGUGCAGUGUGUUCUACGACCACCUGUGCCCGUAGUGCCACAAAAUCCAUGUGAACCCUCUCCAUGUGGUCCAAAUUCAGAAUGUAAAGUCGUAAAUGAUGCUCCUUCCUGUUCCUGUUCGUUAGAAUUUAUAGGCACUCCUCCCAAUUGUAGACCCGAAUGUGCCAGUAACAGCGAAUGUCCAAGUCAGUUGGCUUGCAUUAAUCAGAAAUGCAGAGAUCCUUGUCCUGGAUCCUGCGGGGCGAACGCCGAGUGUCGUGUCGUCAGUCACACUCCGAUGUGCGUUUGCCCUGAAGAUUAUACUGGCGAUCCUUUCACUCAAUGUGCACCUAGACCACCUGUCCCCAUCAAUAUUUCUCCAUGCACUCCAUCACCAUGUGGUUUCAACGCGAUAUGCAAAGAACAAAACGGCGUAGGUUCAUGCUCCUGUUUAACCGAUUAUAUGGGCAAUCCCUACGAAGGAUGUCGCCCAGAAUGUGUGGUUGACACGGAUUGUCCAUCUACAUUGAGUUGUAUACGCUCUAAAUGCCAAAAUCCCUGCCCUGGUACUUGUGGCACGAACACAGAAUGCAGGGUCAUUAAUCAUCGUCCUGCGUGCACGUGCAUUCAAGGUUACACUGGAAAUCCAUUCCAAUAUUGCACCCCCAUUCCACAAAUAGAAGAUGAAACGCAAAAUAAAGAUCCGUGCAACCCUUCACCUUGCGGACCAAACAGUCAAUGUAGCAUUGUAAAUGGGCAAGGUGUCUGCUCUUGCCUGGCUGAAUUCACUGGCACACCUCCCAUGUGUCGUCCCGAGUGUACUUUAAAUUCAGAAUGUCCUCAAGAUCGUGCAUGCGUUAAUCAGAAGUGUGUUAAUCCAUGUCCUGCCUCUUGCGGAACAUUCGCCACUUGUGUAGUCAGGAACCAUAGUCCAAUCUGUGCGUGCAGAGAAUCAUAUACCGGAGAUCCUUUCACCAUAUGUUUCCCCGCGCCACAAGCUACACCUCCAACAGCAGUCCAAGUUACACAACCCUGUUUGCCUUCUCCGUGUGGUCCAAAUUCGGAGUGCCGUGUAGUUAACGGAGGUCCAUCUUGUCAAUGUCUACCAACUUAUAUUGGAAGCCCUCCUAAUUGUCGACCAGAGUGUACAGUAAACUCUGACUGUUCCCCUAGUCAAGCUUGCAUGAGAGAAAGGUGCAGAGAUCCUUGCCCAGGUUCUUGUGGUUCCAAUGCUCAAUGUAUGGUCUUGUAUCAUAUCCCAAUAUGCUCCUGCUUCGAAGGAUACACGGGAGAUCCUUUCAGCAAUUGCUAUCCAGCUCCUAUUAGACCAACUGAACCGAAUGUUGUCGAUUCCUGUGCAUCGUUGCCUUGUGGUCCUAAUGCACGUUGCGACAAUGGAGUCUGUACAUGUUUACCAGAGUACCAGGGUGACCCUUAUGUUGGAUGUCGACCAGAAUGCGUAUUAAAUACGGAUUGCCCUUUGAAUCGAGCUUGUAUAAGAAACAAGUGUGUCGACCCUUGUCCUGGAACAUGUGGCUUAAAUGCAGAGUGUCGCGUAUAUAAUCACGUACCCAUGUGCAGUUGUCCCAGUGGAAUGGUUGGAAAUGCGUUUGUUCAGUGCAAUAUCCUACAAGAUACCGUAAAAGGAAACCCAUGUUCACCCUCGCCGUGUGGACCAAACAGUGUUUGUCGAGAGAUUAAUGGUCAGCCUGUCUGCUCCUGUGUAACAGGCUAUUUAGGAGCACCACCUUCUUGUAGACCAGAAUGUACAGUCAGCUCCGAUUGUCCCUUGACAGAAGCUUGUAAUAAUCAGAAAUGUGUAAAUCCUUGCCCCGGUUCGUGCGGAUUCAGAGCUACUUGCAACGUUGUAAAUCACAAUCCUAUAUGCAGCUGUCCACCUGAACUCUCUGGCGAUCCAUUUGUUCAGUGUGUUCCACGACCACCCGAGCCCGCAGUACCUCAAAACCCAUGCGAACCCUCUCCAUGUGGACCCAAUGCAGAAUGCAGAGUCGUCAAUGAUGCACCCUCUUGCUCGUGUUUAUCGGAAUUUAUAGGCAGCCCACCCAAUUGCAGACCCGAAUGCGCCAGCAAUAGCGAAUGUCCAAGUCAGUUGGCCUGCGUAAAUCAGAAGUGCAGAGACCCUUGCCCUGGAUCUUGUGGGACGAACGCUGAAUGUCGUGUUGUCAGUCAUACUCCUUUGUGUGUCUGCCCCAGCGACUAUACUGGAGAUCCGUUCACUCAAUGUUCACCCAAUCCACCUGUCCCUGUCGAUCGGUCUCCGUGCACUCCAUCACCGUGCGGAUUCAACGCGAUAUGCAAAGAACAAAACGGUGUAGGAUCCUGUACCUGUUUGGCCGAUUACGUCGGUAACCCUUACGAAGGAUGUCGCCCCGAAUGUGUCGUUGACACUGACUGUCCAUCCACGCAGAGCUGUAUACGCUCUAGGUGUCAAGAUCCUUGUCCCGGCACAUGCGGCACAAAUGCAGAAUGCAAAGUCAUCAAUCAUCGUCCUGCAUGCACGUGUAUUCAAGGUUAUAGUGGAAAUCCUUUCCAACAUUGCGCAUUGAUACGUGAAAUAGAAGAUGAAACGAAAUACAAAGAUCCGUGCAACCCUUCAUCUUGUGGACCUAACAGUCAAUGUCGUGUAGUAAAUGGCCAAGCUGUUUGCUCUUGUCUGCCAGAAUACACAGGCACGCCUCCAAUGUGUCGUCCCGAGUGUGUUCUAAACUCAGAGUGUCCUCAAGAUCGCGCCUGCGUUAACCAAAAGUGCAUGGACCCGUGUCCCAAUUCUUGUGGCACGUUUGCCACCUGCGUGGUCAAAAGUCACAGUCCGAUCUGUGCUUGCAGAGAAUCAUACACCGGGGAUCCUUUCAUCAGAUGUUUCCCUGCUCCACAAGCACCACCACCGACAACAGUCGAAGCUACACAGCCCUGUUUGCCUUCCCCGUGUGGUCCAAAUUCAGAGUGUCGUGUAGUCAAUGGCGGCCCAUCCUGUCAAUGUCUAUCCACUUACAUUGGAAGCCCUCCAAACUGUCGUCCAGAGUGUACAGUAAACUCUGACUGUUCACCUAGUAAAGCCUGUAUGGGAGAAAAAUGCAGAGACCCAUGCCCAGGUUCUUGCGGUUUCAAUGCUCAAUGUACAGUAUUCAAUCACGUUCCUAUGUGUUCCUGUAUCGCUGGAUACACCGGUGAUCCUUUCAGUCAAUGUAAUCAACUAAUCACUCCUCCUGAACCAACACAGACGGAUUUAUGUAAUCCAUCACCCUGUGGACCUAACGCUAUUUGCAACGACGGAAUCUGUUCUUGCAUGCCCGAUUACUAUGGGGAUUCUACCAUCGGUUGUCGACCAGAAUGUGUACUUAACAACGACUGCCCCCGAAACAAAGCUUGCGUGAGAAAUAAAUGCGAGAAUCCCUGCGUUGGUGCAUGUGCCCCUGAUGCAAUUUGCGACGUGGUUAAUCAUGUUCCAAUGUGCAGUUGUUCUCCUGGUUUCGAAGGAAAUGCCUUUGCAUUCUGUCGUCCAGCUAUAGCCGAACUUCCAUCUAAUCCGUGCAAUCCAUCGCCUUGCGGAUCUAACAGUCAAUGUCGAGUGAAGAAUGGCCAGGCAGUGUGUAGUUGCGUACCAGGCUAUUUAGGAAACCCGCCAAUCUGUCGCCCAGAAUGUGUAGUUAGCUCUGAUUGCCCACCAAACGAGAGUUGUAGUAACCAGAAGUGCAUAAAUCCUUGCGUGGGCUCGUGUGGCUUGGGAGCUCGUUGCACUGUCGCGAAUCGUAAUCCUAUUUGCCACUGUCCUGAAGGAUUCACGGGAGAUCCUUUCAUUAGGUGUCUUCCACUUCCGCCAGUUCAGCCAGAACCGAUAAACGUUUGCCAGCCAUCACCAUGCGGACCCAAUGCUCAGUGCCAAAUAUCAGGAAAUUCACCUUCAUGCAGUUGUUUACCCGAAUUUAUCGGUUCACCGCCAUAUUGCAAGCCAGAAUGCAUUAGUAACAGCGAAUGCCCUACAAAUUUGGCGUGCAUAAAUCAAAAGUGUCGCGAUCCUUGUCCCGGUUCCUGUGGCGCCAAUGCAGAAUGCAGAAUAAUUAGCCACACGCCUAUGUGCGUUUGCUCUUCGGGUUUCGUUGGUGAUCCAUUUGUACAGUGUACUCCAAAACCAGUUAUCCAAGAUCAAGAAAUAGAGAAACUCACCCCAUGUGUACCAUCUCCUUGUGGAUCUAAUGCAGUGUGUAACGAACAAAACGGCGCAGCAUCCUGUAAAUGCAUCACUGAUUAUAUUGGCAAUCCUUAUGAAGGAUGUCGGCCAGAGUGUAUCGUUAAUUCCGAUUGCUCAGCUGAUCAAGCUUGUGUUAGAUCCAAAUGUCAGAACCCUUGUCCAGGAUUCUGUGGACACAAUGCAAUGUGUCAAGUUGUUAAUCAUGUUCCAUUAUGUACCUGUCAAUCUGGAUAUACCGGAGAUCCGUUCGUUCAAUGUAACUUUAUUCAAGCUCCGCCGGAACCUGCUGACCCUUGUAAUCCAUCACCCUGCGGUCUGAACAGUCUGUGUCGUGUAUUCAAUGGACAGGCUAUCUGUUCGUGUUCACCUACGUUUUUGGGAUCUCCACCGAUGUGUAGGCCAGAGUGUACGGUCAGCUCAGAGUGUACAACAAACCGUGCUUGCAAAAACCUCAAAUGCGUCGACCCUUGCCCUGGAAUUUGUGGCAUCAAUGCUAGAUGCGAGGCAAUUAAUCACAGUCCGAUCUGUAGCUGUAACGUAGGAUAUACUGGCGAUCCCUUCGUUAGAUGUUUCAAAGUUCCAACGGUAUCCGAACCAGUGAACCCCUGCGUGCCAUCGCCCUGUGGCCCGUUCUCUGUGUGUCGCGUCGUUGGAAACGCGGACCUACCAAGCUGUACCUGUAUGGACGAUUACAUAGGAACUCCUCCAAACUGUCGACCGCAAUGUACCAUCGAUUCAGAAUGUGCCAGUAACCGAGCUUGUCUCAGACAAAAGUGUACAGAUCCUUGUCCAGGUUCCUGUGGUACUGGAGCAGAAUGUUUAGUAGUGAAUCACAUGGCUGUGUGCACUUGUCCCCAAGGAUUCACAGGCGAUUCAUUUGUCAAUUGUUUCCUAGAAUCUCCUCCUUCACCAACAGCACCCCAAGAUGCCUGCAACCCCUCACCGUGUGGAUCGAACGCACUGUGUCGCGAUGGUACAUGCACUUGUCUACCAGAAUACCACGGUGAUCCAUAUUACGGAUGUCGUCCGGAGUGUGUCCAGAACCCAGACUGUCCUUUAGACAAAGCUUGCAAUCGUAACAAGUGUUUUGAUCCUUGUACCGGUGUCUGCGGACAGAAUGCCGAAUGCGUGGUGAUAAAUCAUACUCCCAUGUGCAGUUGCCCCGAUGGCAUGUCAGGAAACGCAUUCACAGCAUGUUUCCCAGUGAAAGACCCAGAGAUAGUACAACCUUGCAACCCGUCACCCUGUGGUCCUAAUAGUAGGUGUCAGGACAUCAGUGGACAGGCAGUGUGUUCGUGUGCCCCUGGUUACAUAGGAAACCCACCAGCUUGUCGACCUGAAUGUAUAGUUAACAGUGACUGUCCAUUGAACGAAGCUUGCGUGAAUCUCAAAUGUAGAGACCCGUGUCCUGGAUCCUGUGGAGUAUCAGCUAGGUGUCAGGUCGUCAAUCAUAAUCCUAUUUGCAGCUGUCCUUCGAUAUUCACUGGUGACCCCUUCGUGCGUUGUUUACCUAAACCUGAAGAGCCAGUGCAACCAACCAGCCCGUGUCAGCCAUCACCGUGCGGUCCAAACGCAGUUUGUCAAGUGGUUAAUAACUCUCCGUCGUGUUCUUGUAAACCAGAAUUUAUUGGUGUUCCGCCAAACUGCAAGCCAGAGUGCAUCAGUAAUAGCGAAUGCGGUAGUCACUUGGCGUGUAUCGAGCGUAAAUGCAGAGACCCUUGCGCCGGUUCUUGUGGUUCGAACGCUGAAUGUCACGUUGUGAAUCAUGUUCCAUCGUGCAUUUGCUCGAAGGACUUCACGGGAGAUCCGUUCGUUCAGUGCAUUGCCAGACAACCGGAUACAACAGUCGUACCUAGACCCUGCCAACCCUCUCCGUGCGGAGCAAACGCCAUUUGUCGCGAACAGAAUGAUCUUAGUUCCUGUACCUGUUUGCCCGAGUACAUCGGCAAUCCUUACGAAGGAUGUCGACCAGAAUGCACUAGAUCAUCAGACUGUCCCUCUCAUUUAGCUUGUAUCAGAUCCAAAUGUCAAAAUCCUUGCCCUGGUUCUUGUGGCUCCAAUACCAACUGUCAAGUAGUGAACAAUCUACCUGUGUGCACUUGUAUCCCGCAAUACACUGGCGAUCCAUACGUGAAUUGCGUAUACAAAGCUCCCACAAUUGACGAAGACGAGCGAGACGUAUGCCAACCAUCCCCUUGUGGUCCGAAUAGCCAGUGCCAGAAAGUAAAUGGUCAGGCAGUGUGCUCGUGUCAGCCUCAAUAUGUAGGAACCCCACCGAACUGUAGACCAGAGUGUGUCGUAAAUUCGGAAUGUAACUCGAAUCUCGCGUGUAUUAACCAGAAGUGUAGAGAUCCUUGUCCUGGUACUUGUGGCCGUAACGCACAGUGCAAGGUUGUGCACCACAGUCCGAUUUGCAGCUGUGGAAGCGGUUUGACGGGAGAUCCGUUUGUUUAUUGUUUCCCUGUUCCAAUGCCAAAACCGGAAGAGCCGUACCCUAAGGAUCCCUGCACCCCAUCCCCCUGUGGUUCAAACGCCAUGUGCAAGGCCGUUGGAGAAACUCCAGUCUGCACUUGCAUAAACAACUACAUCGGAGUGCCACCAAAUUGUCGACCGCAAUGUUCCAUCAAUUCAGAUUGUACAGCAGACAAAGCUUGCAUUAGAGAGAAGUGUAGAGAUCCCUGUCCAGGAUCUUGCGGCGUGAACGCACGCUGUACAAUUGUCAAUCAUACGCCAGCUUGCACUUGUCCCGAAGGAUACACCGGCGAUCCUUUCACCAGCUGUUCACCAACUCCUCCGCCAAUCAUCUCAGAAGCCCCAACAGACCCAUGCAACCCAUCACCGUGUGGACCAAACGCACAAUGCAAUAAUGGCGUGUGCACUUGCUUGCCUGGUUAUCUGGGCGACCCAUACACCAUUUGCCGCCCUGAAUGUGUUAUCAACACCGACUGUUCCCGAAACGAAGCCUGCCUACUGCACAAAUGCAGAAAUCCCUGUGUAGGAACCUGUGGAGUAAACGCAGAGUGCACCGUGAUCAAUCAUCUACCUAUGUGCAGCUGUCCUAGGAACAUGACAGGCAAUGCUUUCGUUUCGUGUAAUCCUAUUCAAGAAAUCACCGCAGUUGAUCUAUGCAACCCAUCACCCUGCGGUUCGAACAGCCAUUGUCGUCCUUCCAACGGUCAAGCUGUCUGCAGCUGCGUUACUGGAUUCAAAGGAUCGCCACCAUUCUGUAGAGCAGAGUGUAUCGUUAGCACAGAUUGCCCUCGAAACAGAGCUUGCAGUAACCAAAAAUGCAUCGACCCUUGUCUCGGUGCUUGUGGAUUGUCUGCUCAAUGUUCCGUGAUCAAUCAUAAUCCUGUUUGUAGCUGCUUCGAGCAGUAUACCGGAGAUCCAUUUAUUCAGUGUGUCCCACAAAUAAAAGAGCCAGAUACCCCGAUAAAUCCUUGUCAACCAUCGCCUUGUGGUCCAAACGCUCGAUGCCAAGUCACCAACAACGCACCCUCGUGUUCUUGUCUUCCUGAAUUCGUAGGAGUCCCACCAUAUUGCAAACCCGAGUGUCUGAGUAAUACAGAAUGUUCAACGCAGCAGGCUUGCAUCAAUCAGAAAUGCGCGGAUCCUUGCCCUGGCUCCUGUGGCAGGAACACAGAGUGCAGGACGAUUAGUCACACCCCUAUGUGCACUUGUGCAAGCAAUUUCACUGGAAACCCGUUCGUACAAUGUACACCCCAACCAAUCGAAGAUAGACCACAGAAACUCAACCCCUGCCAGCCAUCUCCCUGUGGCCCGAACGCCAUUUGUCGCGAAUCGUACGGCACAGCCCGGUGCACCUGUUUACCUGACUUCUAUGGUAACCCAUACGAAAAUUGUAGGCCAGAGUGUAUUAUCAAUGCCGACUGCCCAUCUAACCGAGCCUGUAUAAGGAACAAGUGUCAAGAUCCCUGUCCAGGAACCUGUGGCUUUAACGCCGAUUGCCAAGUAGUGAAUCACAUUCCAAUUUGCAGUUGUAGCUCAGGUUACACUGGUGAUCCAUUUACAGCUUGCAGCAUACUUAAACAACCCCCUGUGACAAGUCUGACGAAUCCCUGCGAACCUUCACCCUGUGGACCAAACAGUAAGUGCGCCAAUGUGAAUGGCCAAGCCACUUGUUCUUGCCUUCCCGAUUUCAAAGGCACACCACCAGGAUGUAGGCCAGAGUGUGUUGUUAGCACAGAAUGUGCUAGCAAUAGAGCUUGUGUGAAUCAGAAGUGCGUUGACCCUUGCCCUGGAGUUUGUGGGAUAAGCGCGAGAUGCGAGGUUUUCCAUCACAGUCCGAUUUGUAGCUGCGAUCCUCGUCAGACGGGAGAUCCGUUUGUAAAGUGUUUCGAUGUGACCACACCAAGUCCACCUGUGCCUGUAAACCCAUGCGUUCCAUCGCCCUGCGGCCCAUUCUCUCAAUGUCAAGACAUAGGAGGCAUUCCAUCCUGCUCCUGUUUGCCCAAUUACGUUGGCUCGGCCCCCAACUGUCGACCAGAAUGUUCGAUUAAUUCAGACUGUACCAGUGACAAGGCUUGCAUCAGAGAAAAGUGUAGAGACCCGUGUCCAGGAUCCUGUGGAACGAACGCAUAUUGCAAUGUGAUUAAUCAUACACCUGUUUGCACUUGUCCUACAGAUUACACGGGAGACCCCUUCACCAGUUGCCGCCUAACACCCACACCUGUACUCCCAGUCUCACCAGACCCGUGCAAUCCAUCGCCUUGCGGUCCGAACGCGCUAUGUCGAAAUGGCGUGUGCAGCUGCAUAAGCGAAUAUCGUGGUGAUCCGUAUCAAGGUUGUCGACCAGAAUGCGUGCAGAAUUCCGAUUGCACGUUUGAUAGAGCUUGCUCCAACAAUAAAUGCGUGGACCCUUGCACUGGAAUCUGUGGACAGAACGCUGAGUGCGUUGUGGUGAACCAUAUUCCCACUUGUAGUUGCGUUGAGAAUCACGAAGGAGAUCCAUUUACCCUCUGCAGACCUAUUAGAAAACGCGUGAAACCCUGCGAACCUUCACCCUGUGGACCUAACAGCGUUUGCCGCGAGUUUGGCGAACAAGCUUCUUGUUCCUGUCUCUCUGGAUAUUUUGGAACUCCACCCAGCUGUAGACCCGAAUGUUUGGUGAACUCUGACUGCGAACAGAGCAGAGCUUGCGUGAACGAACGCUGUCAGAACCCGUGUGAAAACGUGUGCGGUCAAGGCGCGUUGUGUAACGUACGAAACCAUAAUCCCAUUUGCAGUUGCCCCGCACAGUAUUCCGGUGAUCCAUUCGUCAGCUGUUUCCCCAUGAAACCGCAGUACGAAGAACCCAGCCAGGACCCAUGCAAACCCUCGCCAUGUGGACCAAACUCCCAAUGCACAGUAUCACCAGACAAUAAAGCCUCCUGCGCCUGUAUGCCUGAAUUUGUAGGCUCUCCUCCCAAUUGUAGGCCAGAAUGUCUCGUGAACAGCGAAUGUCCCAGCAAUCAAGCUUGCGUUAGACAGAAGUGUACCGAUCCCUGUACAGGACUCUGCGGCACUGACGCUCUCUGCCAAGUUACCCUGCAUUACAUCCGUUGCGUGUGUCCCGAGGGAUACACUGGAAAUCCAUUCGCUAUUUGUUCCGUGGCCAGCACGCCUGUAGAACCACCGACACCUUCGAGACCGUGCAAUCCUUCACCAUGUGGAACUAACGCGUAUUGUCGUGAGAGACACAAUACUGCGUAUUGCGAGUGUCUGCCAGAUUUCAGAGGAAAUCCGUAUGAAGGCUGUCAACCAGAGUGUUUGGUGAACACUGACUGCCCGAAAUCCCAAGCUUGUAUUCGAACCAAGUGUCAAGAUCCUUGUCCCGGUACUUGUGGCGUUGGAGCCAUUUGUACUGUGUCCAAUCAUAUUCCAAUUUGUUCCUGUCCUUUACCUACUAUCGGAGACGCGUUCACCAUUUGCCAUGCUGUUCCUCAAGUACCAAAGGACAGAGAUCCUUGCUCACCAUCUCCAUGUGGACCUAACACAAUCUGCCAAAAGAUCGGCGACUCGGCAGUCUGCAAGUGUUUGCCCGGCCUUCAAGGAGUUCCUUCGAGUGUCACAGGCUGUCAUCCAGAGUGUGUGAUCAGCUCUGAUUGUCCAGGAGACAAGGCUUGCAUCAGCAACAAAUGCAUAAAUCCUUGCACGCAAAACGUGUGUGGUAUCAAGGCUACAUGUCAAGCUAUCAAUCACAGUCCCCUCUGCAGUUGUACAUCUCCGUUGAUCGGCAAUCCAUUCGAAGAAUGUUACACCAAAAUUGAAACCGAUCCUUGUAAUCCAUCUCCGUGCGGCUAUAACGGCGAAUGUCAAGUUAGAAACGGCGUUGGAGUGUGCAUUUAUCCGGAAUGUGUCAUUAAUUCCGACUGUCCACGAGACAAGGCUUGCUUCGCCCAGAAAUGCAGAGACCCUUGCAUCGGUGCUUGUGGUAUUAAUUCACUGUGUCAGACGGUCAACCACAAGCCUGUCUGCUCCUGUCCGUAUGGAUUUACUGGCAACGCUCGCAUACAGUGCACCGUUCUAACAGUCGAAGAACCAACUGUAGAGUGCACUCAGAACUCCGAAUGUCCGAACGACAAGACUUGUUACAAUCAAAAAUGCGUCGAUCCUUGCACACUGGAUUCCUGUGGCUUCAACAGUCGUUGUCACGUACAAAUGCAUCGAGCUGUCUGCGUCUGCAACGAAGGCUUCACUGGCAAUCCUCAACAAUACUGCGGCGAAAUUGGUUGUCGCGGUGACAGCGACUGUCCGUUGACUCAAUCUUGCAUCAACAACGAGUGCAUAGACGCUUGCUCUGUGACACAGUGCGGUGUGAAUGCAUUCUGCAGAUCCGAUGGAUACCAUAGACCAAGAUGCUACUGUUCUGAUGGAUACAUAGGAAAUCCGUACCAAACAUGCGAGAGACCAGAGUGCGUUAGUGACAACGACUGUCCAUCGUCUUUAGCCUGUCGCGAUUCAAAAUGUGUAAAUCCUUGCGAUUGUCCACCAUCAGCGCAAUGUUUCGUGAUUAAUCAUCGUCCUAUUUGUCGAUGCCCUCCGGGUUACGUGGGUAAUCCAUAUACCUCGUGUCUAAUGGAACCGAUCGAACCACAGCCACAGUGUCAAGUAGAUGGAGACUGUCCCAGCAAACUGGGCUGUUUCAAUGGCGUUUGUAAAGAUCCGUGUGUCGAAACCAAACCUUGCAUCGCUGGGGCGAAGUGUACCGUCGUAGACACUUUACCAAUGAGAACCAUGGUCUGCGAAUGUUUGCAAAACUUUGCUGGAGACGCGACCGUCGCUUGUAUUCCCGUGGACAAGAAGAUCGAAGCCAUUUGUAAAUCCGACACUCAAUGCUCUUCAAACAUGGCCUGUCUGAACGAAAGAUGUAUCAAUCCGUGCAUUAUCAAUCCAUGUGCUUCAAAUGCAGAGUGCUCUGUCCAAAAUCAUUAUCGACAGUGUCAUUGCUCGCGUGGCACCGCAGGCGACCCAUUCGUAAAUUGUUAUAGAGACACUGACUCGUUCCCGGAGUGUACAACGAACGCAGAUUGCGCAACCAACGAGGCUUGCAUUAGCCAGCUAUGUCAGAGUCCAUGUGUCAGCACGCAAUGUGGUUUGAACGCGGAAUGUAUCACUGUCAAUCAUCAUCCGACCUGUCGCUGCCAGCAGAACUACGCGGGAGAUCCUCAAGUGCAAUGUUUCAAGCCCGAGUGUAAGUCAGAUAGCGAUUGUCCUUACGACAAGACCUGUCUGCGCGACAAUUGUGUCACCCCUUGCCUGGUCGAAGAUAUCGCGUGCGGUCGUGGCGCAGAAUGUAUCGCGGUCUCUCACAGGGCGCAAUGCGUCUGUCCACGAGGUACCCAAGGCGACCCAAGAAUCGCCUGUAUUUCCACAGUGUGCCAUUACAACGAGGAUUGCGCAGAUCACGAAGCCUGCGACAGGCUGAACAGAGUCUGUCGACCAGUUUGCGAGGACGAUACUUGUGCGGAUACUGCGAAAUGCGUCGCGAGAGAUCAUCAGCCUAAGUGCACUUGUCCUCUGGGAACUACUGGAAAUCCAUACGUUGAGUGCAGUGGUGUGCCAAUUGAAGCAGAGUGCAAAGAAGACAGCGAAUGUCCAGCAUAUUACGCAUGCAUCAACUCAAAAUGCCAAGAUCCUUGCUUAUCCUCUAACAUGUGCUCUGGUGAACAAGAAUGCAAAGUACUGAACACGGUGCCUCUUCGUACGAUGAUCUGCACUUGCCCUGCAAACACUAUCACCGACGUAAAUGGACUGUGCAAGGAAAUCGGAGUCCUGCAGUGCCACCAAGAUCAGGACUGCAACGAUUCUGACAAGUGUGUGGGUGGAACUUGCAUCGAGGCAUGUCUGACCACUCAGUGUGGAGUGAAUGCCCAAUGUGUGGCAACUGGAAUCUGUCAUUGCGCGCCUGGAUUUACUGGCAACCCUUACAUCGAGUGCGGUAGACUUCCAAUACCACUGCCACCAGUUCGUCCAGAAUGCUACGCUAACAGCGAAUGCUCCGACGACAAACGGUGCAUAAAUUCUCUCUGCGUGAAUCCUUGCGUUGUCAAGGACCCAUGCGGCAAAAAUGCACUAUGUCACGCGAACAAUCACAAUCCAGUCUGUAGAUGUCCUGCCAACUACAUUGGUGAUCCAAGAAGCAACUGUGUUCCACCGGAAAUUGUGGCCGAAUGUACUUCCAACAGCGAUUGCGCGGGUAACGCUGCCUGUGUAAACAACUUGUGCAUCAAUCCUUGCAAUUGCGGUCCGAACGCCAAGUGCAACGUCGUAGAUCAUUAUCCAUCCUGUGUCUGUCCGCCUGGUUAUUCUGGAAAUCCUCAACUAGGUUGCUUCAAAUUGGACUGUGAAUCGGACAGUGAAUGCAACAGCGCAGCAACGUGCUACAAUGGUCAAUGCGUGAAUCCUUGCAUCCUGGAGAACAAGUGUGCGAUAAACGCAGAAUGUUACGGGCAAAACCAUCGAGCCAUUUGUCGUUGCGGUCCAGGUUAUCUAGGCAAUCCGGAAGUGCAUUGUGAAAGAGUGGAGUGCAGCGCUGACCACGAUUGUCCUCGAAAUUUAGCCUGCGACAGCGGACGCUGCGUUAAUCCUUGUCUAGAAGAUUCACCAUGUGCUCAAAACGCAAUCUGCUACAUUCAGGACCACGUGGCCACCUGCCGUUGUCCAGAGAAUAUUCCUGCUGGAAAUCCAUAUUCCUAUUGUACACAUCAUCCCACGACAACAUUCGACGAACCAGAAUGUAGAAUCGAUAUUGAUUGCGCUGACAAAUUGGUGUGCAUUAAAAAUAAGUGUAUCGACCCCUGUCCAGUGAUCAAACCAUGUCUGCAGAAUGCACGUUGCAACGUUUUGGACACUGUGCCCGUGAGGACCAUGACGUGCACGUGUCCCGAAGGUUGGACGACUGACGUUGACGGCGUUUGUAGACCAAUUCAAAUAGCAAUAAUCGGCACUUGCACGACGAACGACGAGUGCAGCGACACAGAGUCCUGCAUCAACAGACAAUGCAGGAACCCUUGUAACUGCGGUACCAACGCUGCGUGCACCGUACGAAACCACAAACCGAUCUGCUCUUGCGAAGAAGGCUACCAAGGCAACCCGGAUAUCGCUUGCUAUUCCGUAGAGUGCACGCGCGACAGCGAAUGUGCUCUAGACAAGAGUUGCGUGAACAACAACUGCGUGAAUCCUUGCCUAAUCUCCGAUAAUUGUGGAGUGAACGCAGAAUGCUUCCCCAACAACCAUAAAGCCGACUGUCGAUGCCGUAACGGUUAUCAUGGAAAUCCUUUGGAUCGAUGCAGAGUAAUCGGUUGCUACAGCAAUGGCGACUGUCCUGGAGACCAUUCCUGUAUCAAUAUGCAGUGCAUCAAUCCUUGCGUUCAUAGCAAUCCUUGCUCGUCUAGAGCCGAAUGCAGAGUCUUUAAUCAUCUACCCAUUUGUCGUUGCCCACCUCAUCACACAGGCAAUCCUUACAUCGCUUGUAAACCGGAAGAAAGACCAGAGUGUAAAGAGGACAGUGAUUGUCCUAAUUUGUUGGCCUGCUUUGAUAAUAAAUGCCAGAAUCCUUGCACUGUCGUGCAACCCUGCAGCGAUCCAUCGGAAUGCAAAGUCCUUCCGACGUCCCCGGUUCGAACGAUGGUCUGUGUGUGUCCUAGUGGAUACGUGAGCAGCGGCAGCGGAACUUGUAGACCCACGAAACCGAUUUUGGAGAUUGAAUGUACUAACGAUAGCGACUGUCCUUCAGAAAAGUCCUGUGUUAACGCGGUGUGCAAGAAUCCUUGUGCCUGCGGCCCCAAUGCGAAGUGUAGCGUUGCAAAUCACAAACCAAUUUGCUCUUGUGUUCUGGGAUACGAUGGAAAUCCUGACUUGGUUUGCACUAAAGUCGCCGGAUGCCGCACAGAUGGUGACUGCAGCGGAUCACACGCGUGUGUCCAGCACAACUGUGUCCCAGUCUGUUCUCCAUUAAUCACCACCUGCGGAAAAGACGCUCAGUGCAAUGGUAUCAACCACAAAGCUAUCUGCGAGUGUCCACCAGGAUAUGGAGGCAAUCCUAGAGUUUCCUGUGUCCUUCUUGGUUGCAAAAGUAACUCUGAUUGUCCCACGAACAAAGCUUGCAUUAACGAGCGCUGCGAGAAUCCUUGUGGGAUAAAUCCUUGCACCGGAAACAUGGAUUGCAACGUCUAUAACCAUGUAGUCGAGUGUGCUUGUCCUCCCGGUUACAUCGGAGAUACUAAAGUGGGAUGUACUAAACUGACAGAGAAAUGCAAGGCGGAUAACGAAUGUCCAUCUCAGACCGCCUGUUUCAAUGGCGAGUGCAUCAAUCCUUGCGUGAAGAUCGAACCUUGUGGAAUAAACGCGGAUUGUAAAGUACUCGACACGUCUCCUGUAAGAACUAUGAUCUGUGAAUGUAUUCCCGGAUAUAGAGGAAACGCAGUCGUCCGCUGUGACAAAACCAACGUAUGUCCAGUAGCAAAGGGUCAAAUUGUCGAUGAGUAUGGCAAUUGUGUAUGUCCACCAGGAUCAGCUAAGGAUGAAACAGAAGUUUGUAUACCGUGUAGGAAACAAUCUGGAAUGAUCAUCAACGAUGAAGGAUACUGUGUGUGUGCUUUGGAAAACGGUAUGAUCAUCGAUGAAUAUGGUCGCUGCGUGUGUCCGAUUCAUCAUGGAUACAGACUGGACGCGAAUGGAUAUUGCAAAUUGGUUGACAUAAUCGAGUGCAAACACGACGAUGACUGUGCUGAUAACAGAUUCUGCGAUAAAACCAGCCAAACAUGUGAAGAUCCUUGUUCAACUCAAUUAUGUGGUCUUUAUGCACUAUGUAAUGCAACUCGUCAUCAAGCUAUUUGCAUAUGCAUCAAUGGUUAUAUUGGAAAUGCUUAUACUCAAUGCUAUGACAAGAACCGAUGGCGAACCGAUUUCCCCAGACCAGAGAUGGUUGUUAGCUGUUUGUCGGAUGGAGUGCAAGUCGAAAUACAUCUUCACGAUCAGGAAUUCGAUGGUGUUCUAUAUGUCAAAGGUCACAGCAAAGAUGAGCAGUGCAGGAGGGUUGUCUCCAUUCCAGCAGAAACUAUGCACAAAACCGAGAUAUUCAAGGUGGCGUUUGGAAAUUGCGGACUGAUACACGUAAACGGACAAGCAAGUUUCGUACUGGUCAUACAAAAGCAUCCGAAAUUGAUGACAUACAAGACUCAAGCAUACCAUAUCAAAUGCAUAUACCAAACUGGAGAACAAAACGUUACCCUGGGUUUCAAUGUCUCCAUGUUGACUACAGCUGGCACCAUUGCUAACACUGGUCCUCCGCCGGUCUGUCUGAUGAAGAUCGUUACUCAAAGCGGAAAUGAAAUAAACUCUGCUGAAAUUGGAGAUAAUUUGAUGUUGCAAGUCGAAGUUCAGCCUUCAACUAUUUAUGGUGGAUUUGCCCGAAAUUGUGUGGCCAAAACGAUGGAAGAUAAUUUGGAGAACGAGUACAUUGUAACAGAUGAGAAUGGCUGCGCGACGGAUCCGACGAUAUUCGGAGAAUGGGAACAAGAUCCUGAAACUCAGACGUUAAUGGCCAGCUUCAAUGCUUUUAAAUUCCCAAGCAGUGACAAUAUUCGAUUCCAGUGCAAUAUCCGUGUGUGCUUUGGACGUUGUCAACCCGUCAAUUGUCGAGGAUACAACGCGUUCGGUCGUCGCCGUCGAGACGUGAGUUCCGAGACAAAUGAUACGUCUUUAAGCAUCACGGACAGCUUUGAAGGACAACUUAGAGAAGAAAUAACGAUCCAGUCGAAUCUGAUAUUCACUCUGGAGAGGAGAGAAGAGAGGUUUACGGCAGAUCCAGCUGAGAUCACCUCAGCUCAAAGAGUAGAAGAUAUUUGCGUUUCUACGGUCGGCUUUGUGAUAGCACUAGUAAUUACAGCACUCUUGGCACUAGUCGCUGUAGCUAUUGCUGUGUCGUGCUGGCUAAUGGCGUAUCGUCGUCAGCCAAAGACUGCUGGACCACUGCCACACCCACCAGAGUUCCCAAAUCCACUGUUCACUACUGAGUCCGUAGCUGAACCGUCUCCUGAUUAUCACCUAUCAUAAGUACUCUAGGAUAAUUAUUUUUUUGUAACGUAAUUUUAUAAUUCUCAAUGGAAUGCAGUACAGACCACAUCACAUUUUUUUUUCUCGCUGGUCGGUCUUGUAUUUCUUUCAACGACUCCUCCAGUGACUAGACUCUUCCGUUAUCUUCCUCUCGGGGGUUCAUACCGAGCGUGUUGUACGUUCAUUGUUACAUACGAGUACCCUGAAUCAAGUUAUACAUAAAUAUACAUAGAUAGUUAGAUCAGAGCGCGUGCGAGAGAGAAACGUUUACUAUUUAUGGUGAUGGUUAGCUUCCAUUAUCUACACAAUAGAACUUUGUCUUCCGACGUAUUCUCUUGUCUUCUGUACCUUUGCUCUUCUCUUCCUGUAGUCACUGGAGGAUUUGUUAAGCAUGAUACAGCGAAUUUAAUUCCCGUGUAAAGUCGAACGAAUUAGUCUAAUAUAGCUUUCUUACUUCGUGCGUAGGUAACUGUACAUUUUAUCUAAUAAAAUGCUAAUGUAAUAUUUUUAAAAUAA